AAGAAGAAGUAGGAGAAUCUACCCAUAGUGCCAUGCAGCUUUAGGAAUGAAUGAUGGCAAAAAAUAUACCAGCAAAUAUUCCAAAUUUCGAAUGUCCAUCAUGGGCGGGUAAACCUCCCCCAGGAUUGCAUUUGGACGUGGUUAAAGGAGACAAACUGAUUGAGAAAUUGAUCAUCGAUGAAAAAAAGUUUUACUUGUUUGGGAGAAACCCAGACCUUUGCGACUUCACCAUUGAUCAUCAGUCAUGUUCUCGUGUCCAUGCUGCGCUUGUCUACCACAAACACCUAAAGAGGCUUUUUCUCAUUGACCUUAAUAGCACACAUGGCACGUUUCUUGGACACAUUCGCCUUGAGCCCCAUAAGCCUCAGCAGGUUCCUGUUGACUCCACUAUGUCUUUUGGGGCCUCCACACGUGUUUACACCAUUCGGGAGAAACCCCAAACCCAGGCUAAUGUGAAUGCUGGAGACAAAACAGGAGAUGACGAAGAACUGAAAGGACUACUGGGUCUUCCUGAAGAGGAGACUGAGCUGGAGAACUUGACCGAGUUCAACACUGCACACAACAAGCGCAUCUCCACUCUGACCAUAGAGGAAGGCAAUCUGGAUAUCCAGAGGCCCAAGAGGAGAAGAAAAAGCUCCAGAGUGAGCUUCAAUGAAGAUGAGGAAAUCAUCAAUCCAGAGGAUGUUGACCCUUCUGUCGGACGCUUUCGAAACAUGGUGCAGACUGCUGUUGUUCCUUUAAAGAAGAAAAAAAUGGAAAAAAAUGUUUUAGGGAUUGAGGACACAGUCACACAUCACAGUUUUCCCUUAAAGGGUGGGCUCUAUGGAGAUCUUCCACCUACUAGCCAUGAAGCUCAUGCAGCAGGGGGCACCAUGCUGGGUGGACUUCCUCUGCCAAACCCUGCUCCAGAGGUGGACUUGGCUCCAGAGCCUCCUCUGCCACCUAUUAUGCUCAAUCCCACUCCUGUCUCAGGCCCCUAUGCUCCAGAGGGGCUCAGCGAACCCCGAAAGAAGAAGUAUGCCAAGGAGGCAUGGCCUGGCAAGAAGCCCACUCCAUCUUUACUUCUCUAGCUGCUGGUUAACCUGGACAUUUUUCCCUGACAGUGGAGUUACUCAUGAUUUUAUUGAGAUAUUGUGAUAUUUUUUACUCAUAUUUUCCCUCUUUAUAUCGGUGGUUAAAAGGCAUUCCGUUUAGACAAGGCUCUAGAAAGUAACUGAUAGGAACGUCUGAGAUGUAAAAUGAUUUAACCCGACUUAGGAAGUGAGUCUUUAAACACUGUAAUUCUCAUCUUCAUCCGCUAGAUGGCAGCAGGCCCAUAUGUGACAACACAAGGCUCUUAAGAGCCUUACAAUAAUGUCCCCUGCUUCUGAACACGUCAAACAUUUUUACAAGAACCUUGCAGAGAUAUCAUUUGUUUUACACAUUUAAUGUUUUCUGGUAUAUAUUUUUUUUGCAUUUGUAUCUACAAAACAGUCAGUAAACCUUAAAAUAAUUUUUA